AGCUCUCAAGCUCUCGAGCAGCAUCGGGAGGUGGAUGACCUCGCCCGAGGAUUCUCGAGGUUGCUGCUUCUGUUGAAUUGAAUUCUACUGAUUCGUGAUUGUAGACGAGGAGGAGAGGACGGAUUGGAGCAGAUUGGUGGAGUUUCGUAGGGUCGUGGCGAUGGGGAGGAAGGUCCGCUCGCCGAAGACAGUGGGCACGGAGAUUUCGAUCGUGGGAAAGAAGAAGAAGAAGCCUGCGAAAGUGAAGCCUGUAGAGGAACAGGUGGAAGAAGAUGUCGAGGAUGAAGUGCAGGAAGAGGAUUCAGACGGCGAGAAUGGAGAGGAGAAUGGGCAUCUGAAUGGAGUCAGCUUGGGAGCUGACGACGGAAAUUUUGAUGAGGGUGCGGAUGGACCGAAGGCAGCUGUAAAAGCAGGGAAGGAAAAUGGCGUCGGAAAGCGGAAGGCGGAAAAGGUUCCCGAGAAUGCUGUGGAACAGGAGGGGAAGAAGUCGAAGAAAACGAAAUUUGAGAUCGAGAGGUUGGAUGGUGGGAUUGUCUCGGUGUCAGGCAUUAUGAGCAGUACUGCUUUUGAGAGUCUGCCAGUGUCAGAGCCAACGAAAAUCGCUAUUAAGGAUACCGGUUUCACUCAUAUGACCGAGAUUCAAUCUCGUUCAAUCCCCCAGCUGCUGACCGGUAGGGAUGUUCUCGGUGCAGCACGGACUGGGUCCGGAAAGACCUUAGCGUUUCUUGUUCCGGCUAUAGAAUUGCUAUACCACGGGAAGUUCAUGCCACGGAACGGAACGGGUGUUAUCAUUAUUUCUCCCACUCGAGAGUUGGCUAUGCAGAUCUAUGGCGUUGCCAGAGAUAUAAUGAAGUAUCACAGUCAGACUCAUGGAAUCGUUAUGGGGGGUGCCAAUCGCAGAACGGAAGCGGAGAGACUUGCGAAAGGAGUGAAUUUAGUGGUAGCCACUCCCGGCCGACUGCUCGAUCAUUUGCAGAACACUAAGGGAUUUAUAUUUAAAAACUUACAAUGUUUGGUCAUCGAUGAGGCUGAUCGAAUUCUUGAGAUUGGAUUUGAGGAGGAAAUGAAGCAGAUCAUAAAACUGCUUCCCAAAGAACGCCAGACUGUUCUCUUCUCAGCAACUCAAACGACUAAAGUGGAGGAUCUGGCUCGUGUGUCAUUCAAAAGAGCCCCUCUGUACAUCGGUGUUGAUGAUGCUCGGUCUAAGGCAACCGUAGAAGGACUGGAGCAAGGAUAUUGUGUGAUCUCUAGCGCCCAACGGUUUUUGCUUCUUUUUACCUUUCUGAAGAAGAAUUUGAAGAAAAAGGUCAUGGUCUUUUUCUCCUCCUGCAAUUCAGUGAAGUUUCAUUCUGAACUGUUGAACUACAUCGAUAUUCCUUGCCUGGACAUUCACGGGAAGCAAAAGCAGCAGAAGAGAACGACUACCUACUUCGAGUUUUGCAACGCUGAAAAGGGGAUCCUGCUCUGUACUGACGUCGCUGCCCGAGGAUUAGAUAUACCAGCCGUGGACUGGAUUAUUCAGUAUGACCCUCCAGAUGAUCCUAGGGAAUACAUUCACAGGGUUGGUCGUACAGCGAGAGGAGAAGGCGCCCAGGGCAAAGCGCUUCUGUUUCUCAUCCCAGAAGAGCUUGGGUUCCUGAAGUACUUGAAGGGUGCCAAAGUUCCCCUUAACGAGUACGAGUUUCCAGCAAGCAAAAUCGCCAACGUGCAGUCUCAGCUGGAGAAACUAGUAGAAAAGAACUACUACCUACAUCAAUCCGCGAGGGAUGCCUAUCGGUCGUAUCUGCUCGCUUACAACUCACAUGCUAUGAAAGACAUAUUCAAUGUUCAUCGCCUGGACUUGCAGAGUGUCGCGACUUCAUUCGGAUUUAGUUGCCCCCCUAAAGUGAAUUUGAAUCUGGACAGCAAUGCUGCCAAGUUUAGGAAAUCAGGAGGUAAACCAGGUACAGGGAGAGAACCCAAAGGUAGAAGUAAGAGUGGACAUGGCUUCACAGCAUCGAACCCAUAUGGCAAGCGAGCAGACAAUGACAAGCGGCAAUUUACACGCAUUUAGUGCUUAACCAUUGUACCAUAUUAUCAGUUUUGAUAGAAUGUAGGAUCUUAUUACUUAGAUUCAGAUCGAUUGAAGAGGCUAAUUUCUUUAAUGAGCAAUGUUGGAUUCUUGUUUUCCAACAUUGGAAUAAACCUGACGGAUGUAAGGAUUAUAACGAUUCUUAGUGUAGUAACUUGAGUUGUUACAGGACUUAUACAGUCUGAAGAUGAACUCUCUUACGCUCUUUCGUGUGGACAUUUGACGUCCCAGUAGAUUUACUCUUCGUGUGUUCAGAAAGAAUCCUCAGAUCGUGGUGACAUAUACAACGAGAUAUGUAAUCAGGAACUGAGGAUUAUUUAUCUGAAUACACGAAGAGUAUGACCACUGUGACGGCACUUGCCAAGACGAAAGUAGCUCUAGUUUUAAAAUUGUCCCCGUCUGCAUGCGUAAGGUGGUCCAGUCAGAAAUUCUUUGUUGAAUGCAACACAAAUUUGCAAUAUCAACAUACAAUUGCCAAUUCGGG